CUUUCAGCUUCUCUUUUCGUCAUUGCUGUUCGGCGUCGUUGCUUCGCAGAGGUGUAGAGAUUGCACGCAUCGCUUAUUCGGCUCCUUCGUGGCUGUUCGACUUCGGUCCUUCGACGGCUUUACCUUCCUGUCGGAUCGGAAGUUACGACAUUUUGAUCGGAAGCAACAACGGGAGCUCGCUGGCUGUGAAGCUUGGCAGGAUAUAGGUAAAAUACUGCUCAAAUCCUGACUCAAGGGAGUUCGCCUUCUACUUGUGCCUGACUGUUGCAGAUCAGAGAGUUGAAGACACGAUAGGGGCCGAAGCGGCAAUCAGUGAUGUCUGAUGAUGAUGGGAUCACUAAAAGCAGCAAUCAUACAAAUUCAGCUGCCAACUCUUCAUCAUCAGCAUCAAAGAAUGACAUAUCUUGGAGUGAAACUCUUGCAAAUAUACUGCACCAUGCAUCAAUAUAUGGAAUAGCAGCUGGCUACUGUAUCUCUGCCUCCCUUCUAUCAAUAAUCAACAAAUGGGCUCUCAUGAAGUUCCCCUACCCUGGUGCCUUGACUGCCUUACAGUAUCUCACCAGUACACUUGGAGUCCUAAUUUGUGGUUAUCUAAAGCUCCUAGAUUAUGACAGACUUGAUCUCAUAACAAUGUGGAAAUUCUUACCUGCUGCCCUGAUUUUCUAUCUCUCACUCUUUACCAACAGCGAGCUCCUUCUCCACGCCAAUGUCGACACGUUCAUAGUGUUUCGAUCUGUCGUCCCCAUGUUUGUAGCAGUAGGAGAAGCACUCUUCUUAAUGCAGCCAUGGCCUUCUCUCUCAACCUGGCUUUCACUUGCCACCAUCUUUGCUGGAAGUCUGAUAUAUGUCCUUACUGACUAUCAAUUCAACUUGACAGCUUACAGUUGGGCCGUUGCUUACGUCGUAAGUAUGUCGAUUGAUUUUGUUUACAUCAAGCAUGUAGUGAUGACAAUUGGUCUGAACACUUGGGGCCUGGUGCUCUACAACAAUCUGGAGGCCCUCUUACUGUUUCCCGUUGAGCUGCUUGUUAUGGGAGAGCUGAAGAAGAUAAGGCAUGAUAUUGUGGAUGAAUCGGACUGGCAUUCCUUCAGUGUGGUCUUGCCAGUGGGGCUCUCUUGUUUGUUUGGUUUGGCCAUUUCUUUCUUUGGGUUCUCUUGCCGAAGGGCCAUCUCUGCUACAGGUUUUACAGUGCUUGGUAUAGUUAACAAGCUUCUGACUGUAAUCAUAAAUUUGGUGAUUUGGGACAAACAUUCAACACUGAUUGGAACCAUUGGGCUGCUUAUUUGCAUGUUUGGUGGAGUCCUCUACCAGCAAUCCACAUCAAAGCCGAAGGCAGUGUCGGUUCAGACCGAGUCGGCGGUCGAGGAUGAAGAACAGCAGAUGCUUCUAGAGAUGAAGCUUGAAGUUGAGGUGAAUGAAAACCAGGGCAUUGUUGCAGAAGAGACCACUUAAGGAUUUUAAGAUUCUUUUGAUGACCUAAGUUUAAGGAGGAUAAGUGAGAUUGGCUAUCUUGGAAAACUGAUGGAAUUGAAGACCUGUGUGGGUAUGCUUAACAAUCUGAGCCAAGCAGAUAAUAUGCAGAAAGGAAAUUGGUUAUACUUUGUGCAGGGCAGGGCUCUCAUUGAAGAAAAUGCUUUUGAUCAGGUGAAGUCUUAUGAUAGAAGUAUUCGUAU